GCAGUUAUGUUUUAUUUUUUAACUGCUUAUUUUAAUAUCUGAGUAGUUUGUUAACUGCAUACGAUGGAUAAUUUCGAUACAGAAAGGUUUAUUAUCGAAAUUCAAAGUAGACCAUCAAUUUGGGAUAAUUCCUCGUCAGAUUAUUCCGAUAGAGAUUUGAAAAAGAAAUGUUGGGAGGAAGUUGUAGAUUUAUUUGGAGAACAGGAGCAAACCGUUGAACAAAAAAAGAGCUUUGGGUUAGUGUUGCAAAAAAGGUGGAAAAGCAUCAGAUCAUGCUAUGCGCGGGAAGUCAAACGCCAAAGAAAUGUUAAGUCCGGGUCUGGAGCCACUAACCGCAAAAGCGAAUAUAUAUAUUUUAAGCAGUUACAGUUUCUACAAAAAGUAGUAGCUAACAGAGAAGAAGGUGAAGAAGAAAAAAAUUCGGAGAGCACUGAAGUAGGCGAGCGACCAAAAAAAGUUACAAACAAACGUAAACAUUAAGGAAAACAACAAUGUUGAUCGAAACUCUAGUGAAUACCUUUUAUUUACAGCAUCUUUAGGAUUGCUACCAGCACAUGUGUUUCCCACUAGGCUUGGUAAUUGUCUCGAUCACAUUUUAAUAAAGACGGACACAACUGUAAAUACAAUAGUACUUGAGACCCAUAUCACAGACCAUUUACCUGUCAUUCUAUGUCUGAGGUAUCACAAUAAAAUGUACAAUAAUGCUCAAAAAUUUAUAACGCGUUUAGACUAUGCUUCUAUUAAGGAAGAUAUUGACAAAUAUGAUUUCAAUUCGAUCAUGAAUGAAACUGAUGCAAACAAAGCUGCUGAUAAAUUGAUUUUGGACAUUCAAAAUGUGGUUUCUAAGUACACAACACAGAAAAAAACCAGUAGGCGCGCGCGCAUUUUGAAACCAUGGAUCACUGAAGGAAUGCUUCGUUGUAUCAGAAACCGAGAUAAAAUGCAUCUUAAUGUUAAAAAAAAUAUCAAUAACAGCAUUCUUCUCAGCACAUAUAAAAGAUACCGCAAUUUUUGUAAUACCCUUCUUAGAAAAUUAAAACGUGAGUAUGAAAAAAAUCAAUUCUGUAAAGCUCAGAAUAAUCCAAAAGCAAUGUGGGACGUUAUAAAUUCUAUCUCAGGCAGGAAAUGUCAGUCACCGUCAGCAACAGAGCUCUUGCGACUGGAGGCUAGUGCGAAACUCUCUGCGAACCGGGUCAAUCAAUAUUUAGUUAAUAUUGGAAGAGACCUGGCUUCCAAGCUGGUUCCUCCUGGUUCCUCGACCACUAACAACCUAGGGGUAAUAGCUUCACAAUGCAACUCACUUGGAAUUGAAUCGGUUAGCGAAGAUCAAGUGUCAGCGAUCAUUGCAUCGCUUCGGAGUA